AUGGGUGGUACCGAAGAAUCUGAUCGAGGUGCAGCCGCUCCACCCCCACCCCCGCCUCCCCCGCCGCCCGAAGACAAGUUCCCCGGAGAUAGCGACGACAACGAGGAUAAUGACGAGGAUGACCGGCUCAACCGAUACGACGAAGACGACGACGAUGACGAUAUGGACCCCUUUGGUGGCUUCCCAGGUGGUGGAAUUCCGAGCAGCAUUCACCAUACACUCAGGGCGUUGACUGGUAUGGUUUCUGGCAUAUCGUCCAGACUGAGAGAGAUUUUGAACAAUCUUCGCCAAAAAGACGAUCCAACGAUCCAGCUCAUUGCGCUUCAAGAGCUCUCGGAGCUCCUCCUGGUGUCCAACGAGGAUAACCUAUCGGGCCAUUUUUCACCCGACCAGUUUGUGAAAGAGUUGGUGACGUUGAUGCAGCCUAACGAGUUGACAGGAGAGGAAAAUCCCGAAGUCAUGCUGUUGGCUUGUCGCUGCCUGGCCAACUUGAUGGAAGCCCUUCCGGGCAGUGCCGGUAAUGUGGUGUAUGGGCAAGCUAUUCCCAUCCUAUGCCAGAAAUUGCUGGAAAUCCAGUUUAUCGACCUCGCGGAGCAGGCCUUGAGCACUCUGGAAAAGAUCUCGGUCGAGUAUCCCCACCACAUCGUCAAGGAGGGAGGAUUGAAUGCGUGUCUCUCGUACCUUGACUUCUUCGCCACAGGCACCCAACGGGUUGCGGUGACAACAGCCGCGAACUGCUGCCGUGGCAUUCACGAAGAGAACUUUCCCGUUGUGCGGGAUGUCAUGCCUAUCCUGCUCAAUGUAUUGGGUAGCAACGAUCAGCGGGUUGUUGAGCAAGCCUCCCUCUGCGUGACGCGAAUUGUGGAAAGCUUCAGGAGGUAUGCCGCAAAGCUGGAGGAAUUGGUGAGCCCCGAGCUGCUCAAGGCCAUCCUUCGUCUGCUGCUCCCUGGCACCACCAACCUGAUCGGAUCUCACAUCCACACGCAAUUCCUCCGUGUUCUUGCCAUCACGGCAAAGGUGAGCCCAAGGCUGUCGGCUGAGCUCUUCAAGAUGAAUGUGGUUGAGACGCUCUACCAAAUCCUGACUGGCGUUUCGCCCCCGGCCGGGACCGAGGAUAUCGCCUCCAAGCUCGACAGUGUUUUGAUCAUGCAGGCUUUGAUUCACCGACCCCGAGAACAGAUCAUCGAGACGCUCAAUGUCAUCUGUGAGCUUUUGCCAAGCUUGCCUCCCUCCAGCGAUCCGUCCGGUCACGAUUACGUCGACAUGCACUCGCCCAUGGAUCCUAUCACGCCCUCUUCACCUGGUUCUGACAAGAAAACACCGAACGAGAAACGGAUCGAGCUGUUGGAAGGGUGCAAAGACGAGGUCCGGCGCUUCGCCAUGAUUCUUUUCCCCACCCUCACGGAUGCGUACUCGAGCACGGUGAACCUGACGGUGCGCCAAAAGGUGUUGACUGCCCAGCUGAAGAUGCUUUGCAACCUGGACGAAGAUAUUCUGGUGGAAGCCUUGAAGCCCGUUUCGUACGCCUCCUUCCUGGCAUCUAUCCUCUCGCAGCAAGACCACCCCUCUUUGGUCAUGUUUGCUCUGCAGGCCACUGGAAUCUUGACAAGCCGUUUGGGUUCGGUCUAUCGGUACCAGCUGUAUCGCGAGGGAGUUAUUGCCGAGAUCGAAAAAUUGGCAACGCCCGAACCGGAACCCGAGGUCGAAUCUCCUACGGCAGAGCCUACCGAGCCGCAGAACGAACCAGAGUCGGGAGCAGAGGCCGGUAGUGAGGAGCUUGUUGUGGACCAAACCGUAUCUGAUGGCGAAAAUGACGAGGACCGCGAUGACGACGAGGACCGUUCGCACCAAGAUUCGGAUGAGGAUCAGGAGGAAGACGACGAAGACGAUGGUGACGAGCACGAUCAUGACCAUGACCACCAUCAUGACGAUUCGGGAUCCCCAGUUAGUUCUGAGGGUUCCACCAUGUCCCUCGAUGGGCCCGGCCGCCGUCUGUCGGUCUCAGACUUUCCCUCUUCAAAGACCAGGAUUGCGCAGUUGGCCAAGAAAUUCCUCGAGACUCAUGAGACCGAGAAGCAGGGCAAGGCUAUGAAGAAGAAGGCGACUAAGAUUCUUGCCAACCUCUCAGAGCUGGCCACGGAGCUCGAGGCCUUUUACUUGCACCGGACACCUGGAAGCUUGCCCGUUGGUGACGGUACAGAGCUGUUUACAAGACUGGCCUCCUAUUUUGACUCGGAUGUGUUGGAGAGUGUGACCAGCGCCGAGCUUUUGGCCUCUGGCGUAGUCCGGGUGCUCGAGGAGAUUUUUGCCAAUCCCGAUGAGGAUCUUGCAGCUGCGGCACAGUCGACGUUCCUCCAGGUCUUUAUGGGAUACACUGUGAAGUCGAAACCCAAGACUGCGACUGCAGACUCCCCUGCGACACCCCUCAGCGUCCUGGUUCACAAGCUUCAGGACCUUUUGAGCAGAUCAGAGCACUUUGAGGUUCUUACAGUUCAUCACAACUCAUACGAUGGCAACCGCAGCAGUGCGGCGUCCAUGCUCGCGAAGCAAAUUCGCCUCAAGCUGGUCGCUGAUGAGGAUUCGGAUAUCCCUCGGAACUUUCGCAACAUUAUGGUUUCGAUCCAUGCCAUCACGACCUUCAAGUCUCUGGAUGACUACCUGCGGCCGCGGAUCAGCAUGUCUGACCGUCCUCGUCAACAUCGUAAGGAUGCGGUUUCGCGUGCUCUCGCGGUCAUGGCUAGCUCAGGCUUGCCCAUGAGCGCUGCCGCCGCCCGCUUGAUGGAGCGGUCAUUCUCUCCGUCGACUCCUCCCGCCCCUCCGGCUGCUUCCUCGCAGCCUUCCGGUUCGCGGUCAGGCAGAAAAUCCAAGUCCAAGACGCAGCCCUCUGGAGACGUUCCAGCCACACCGGAGCCAUCGUCGAGGGAAAAGGCUGCUCUCCGUAGGUCGGCACGCCGCCAACCAGCUAGUGAAACUGCUCCUCUCCCGCCACCAGAGGAUGAGGACGAUCUCGAAAAUGCCCUUGAGUGCGCAGAUGAGAAGCAAUUGUCUGAUGACGAUGAGGACAUGGAAGAUGACAGCGCCUUGGAUGUUGUGGGUGAUCUAGAAGAAGACAUGGGCGACUCCCCCACCCCCGACCCUUCCGCUGUCAAUGUCGAAGUCGCCGCAGGCGGCAAGGUCAUGGCUCGCAAGGAGGACGGGACUAGGGUUCCCACCCCUUCUCAAAGCCGGCAGACAUCUUCGCUUCCCAGCAGAGCCAGCACGCUCGCCGCCGCUCUCCAGGGCACACCCACUUCCUCAUCCUCGAGGCCCAUGUCAUACGCCGCCGCCAUUCAAGCUGUGCCCCAAGACUGGCACAUCGAGUUCAGCAUCAACGGCAAGGUGAUUCCCAACGAGACAACUAUUUAUCGCGCGGUUCACAGCUCUGCCACUACGUCUGAUGAAUACCUCGGCCGAAAUGUUUGGUCUGCUGUGCAUCCCAUCAAGUUCCGGCGCGUCCCUGGCCCCCCUCCUGCCGAGACCAUCGCAUUUGGAACAUCAGCCGACACGGGGGCGGAGGUCGAGGAGGGUAGCACUCCCGGAUCUCUUGCUAAGUCGCCCACCACGGCAUCGAUCCUGCGCCUGCUGAAGAAGCUCCAUGACCUCAACGCCAACAUUGAUGACGUUCUGGUCGAGAACAAGGAGACACUCAAGGUCAAUGUCGAGCCGCUCUCCCAGUUUGUCAACACCAAGCUUACAGCCAAGCUCAACCGGCAAUUGGAAGAACCCCUCAUUGUUGCGAGCAACUGCCUUCCAAGCUGGAGCGAGGACCUGGCGAGGCUCUAUCCCUUCCUUUUCCCCUUCGAGACCCGGCAUCUCUUCCUGCAGAGUACUUCGUUUGGCUAUGCCAGGUCUAUGAGUCGAUGGCAGAACGCCCAGUCUCAGGAGGAAGCCCGGAGAGAUCGCCGUGAUGAAAGGCCGUUCCUGGGAAGACUGCAACGUCAAAAGGUACGCAUCGCUCGGCCCAAGAUUCUCGAGUCGGCCAUGAAGGUGAUGGAGCUCUACGGGGCGUCACAAAGCAUUCUGGAGGUUGAGUACUUUGAAGAGGUCGGCACUGGCCUUGGACCCACGCUGGAGUUCUACUCGACGGUAUCGAAAGAGUUCUGCAAGAAGAAGCUCAAGCUGUGGCGCGACCAUGAUCCCAGCGACAAUGGAGAGUUUGUCUCUGGGCCUAAUGGACUUUUCCCUCGACCCGUGAGCGAGGAUUUCCUUGCAACUGAGGAAGGCGAGAAGACCCUUCAGCUCUUCAAGAUCCUUGGCAAGUUUGUGGCACGGUCCAUGAUCGACUCUCGCAUCAUUGAUAUCAACUUCAACCCCAUCUUUUUCCGCAUCGGCAAUGAGCACAAUGCCGUCCGCCCCUCUCUGGGGGCUAUCAAGUCUGUCGACCCUAUGGUUGCGCGGUCGUUGAUGGUGAUUAAGAAGUUUGCCAUGGCCAAGAAGGCCAUCGAGGAGGAUCCCAACCGCGACGCUGCGCAAAAGGUUCACGAUUUGGAGAAUAUCGCGUUUGACAAGAUCAGGCUCGACGACCUCUACCUCGACUUUACCCUGCCUGGGUACCCAGACAUUGAUCUAAUUCCCAACGGGUCUCAGACUAGGCUGACGAUAUCCAACGUGGACCUCUACCUCGAGAGGGUUAUUGACAUGACUUUGGGAAGCGGUGUUCGCCGCCAGGUCGAUGCCUUCCGGACUGGCUUCUCACAGGUCUUCCCGUACUCGGCCCUGAGCGCUUUUACUCCGGACGAGCUGUGCUCCCUGUUUGGUCGUGUGGAGGAAGAUUGGUCCCUUGAGACACUUAUGGAUUCGAUCAAGGCCGAUCACGGGUACAACAUGGACAGCAAGAGCGUUAGGAACUUGCUGCAGACGAUGUCUCAGUUGACGCCGGCGCAGCGUCGUGACUUUCUGCAGUUUACCACUGGCAGUCCCAAGCUCCCCAUUGGCGGUUUCAAGAGCCUGACCCCCAUGUUCACGGUGGUGUGCAAGCCAAGCGAAGCACCAUAUACAUCGGAUGACUACUUGCCUAGCGUCAUGACUUGCGUCAACUACCUGAAGCUCCCCGACUACACAACUAUCGAUGUCUUGAAGAAGAGACUGUUUACUGCCAUCAAGGAGGGCCAAGGGGCAUUCCAUUUAUCGUAA